UUUGUUCAUAAAUCUUAAAAUCCUGUUUAUUCAAGUUAUUUCAAGGAAAGGAAUUACACAAAUAUUAGUUCGCUGUUUGAUCUCUGAUGAUCAUAUCAGGGGAUUUCAGCAGGAAAUAAAACCUGAGACCUUGUACCCUACUUACAAGCCACUUUUGGAGUAACACAAAACUGUAUUACAUAGAGAGAGUUUUCUUUCCUAUUGAAUUUCAAAAAUAAAGCCCUAAUGUACCAUUUGUAGUUAUUAAUUUCUUUUUUUUCCAAACCUUUAAGUUCUUUAGCAAUGACAAAUACGUAUCAUUGAACAUGGGGUAGCUACAUUUAUUUGAAGGGAAUCAAGACUUUGCAAAAAAAGAAAAGAAAAAAAAAAUUCAUGGUCCAGCACACAAAGAUACACACACAUUUAUUGUUACAUUUUUUUAUCUUUGAUAUCAAUGCCAUUCUACGGUGGCUGAGAACCGCCACUGCUGCAAAUAAUGGGGAAAAAAAAGAAACCAAAGCCCGCUGCAAAUAAAAAAAAGAAACAGUGCAGAUUCUUUUAAAAAGGCCACAAUGGAAGUUAACAACGCAAAAAAAUAAGUGGCGAUUUGCAUCCGUUUAUUUUCAAAGUAAGUAACUUUUUUUUUGCAUCACCACUUUUUUUUGCGUAGUUUUAUCAGCAUGGCUUUUUUUAUCAGCAUCAUUUCUUUUUUAUUUGCAGCAGAUUCAGUUUUGUUUUUUUAUUUUUUGUUAUUAUUAUUAUUAUUAUUUUAUUUGUUUGGUUUUUUUGGGGGGGGUGGGGGGGGUUCUUUGCAUCAGUAACUUCUGUUAUGGCGUCUUUUUUUAUUUUUUUUAUUUGCAGCAGUGGCGGUUCUCGGCCACCGUAGCGGAACACUGCAAGACAUUUCUUAACAGUUUAUUAUUACAUAUAUUGAUGUAAUUCCGUAGUUCUUAGAUUUCCUACGGGACUUGAAGGCGACGCGUGACUCUCGGCCCGCUUUGGUCACGCGGUCAUUGACGUCAGGGGAGCGUUACAGACGCAUAUGUGUACAACACAUGUAACAUCACCGGCUCUCUCUGACUGCGCCAGAGCUUUGUUAUCCACCGGCACACCACCACUGGACCUCAUCUGAGCGGUCACAUAGUUAUUCCGUCUAAAGACACAACCUUCGGAUUAGACCCACAGAGAACAGGGAGCCUCCGAUGAAGCUAACAGUAUUUAGCCUAGCUAGCCUAGCUGGUGAACUUUUACCAUCUCUGCUCGUUGGUUAACGUUCAACCUCAUCCAGCUCGGGCAAUAAAAGCCUGUCAGCCACCGUCAAAAGCCAGAGUUUAAACAAAAGGCGGACUUUAAACUCGACAAGGGCAGCAGAUCUGUUCGCUCGUCAGCAGUGUAACACCGACUUCCUCCUUGUGUCGUUCGAGGUCAUUCUAUAGCGUCUAUCCAAGGAUAGCUAGUAAGUUAUCUGGAAACUAGCCAUGAAGAGCCUUCCGUAUUUCUGCCGAGGAGAGGUCAUCAGAGGUUUCGGGAGAGGAAGUAAAGAACUGGGAAUUCCCACAGGUGAGUAAAAAAACCUACCUGUAAAGUGUUUCUGUAGCUAACAGGCGACCAAGGUGAGUUCAACCUGACAGACUCAACACCGCGUAGAAACGAUGUAUCACUAAUAUCAGCUCUAGUCCGUUAUAAUUAUCUUCAGUUUGUCUCUUUAGUGUCAUUCUUGUUCGUUAAUGACGAAUAAACGCGUUUUAACGGUUACCUGACGUUUUGUAACCGUCUGUCACUGAAACGAAGUGAUGACAUGUUUUACGUAACGCGCGUGCAUCAGUUUUCGCUUCGGUGAACGGGAAAUUAGUUUAGUCAAAAAGAAAGCGAAAUAUUUUUCUAAAGCAACAAUAUAGAUGUAUUUUCAUGGAGUUUUACUUGAGUAGAAGUAAAACUACCUGUCUUUGUUCGUCUGGAGUAAAAGUAAAAAGCACUUUUUUUACGUAUCUGUAAAGGGAUACAGUGGAGUGACUUUAAACCCAUGGUGUUAAGGUUGAAGGAAGUAAAAUAUUCUUCUUAGAUUAUGUGAUAACACACCGCCUUAACCCUAGAACACUAUCGCUAAAAUUAGUAUCACUAUCGCCAAGAAAAAGUACUUGUCAUCGAAAUAUAUCAAAAUAGGACAAUACAUGACAAAUUAAAUUAGUUUCAUUUUUAGCUGUGUAAUAUCCAAAGGGAGGGGAAAAAAGUGCCAUGAGGGGACCAUAUAGAAAUGCAACAAAAUAACUGAAAUUAGGCAUUUGUGAACAAAGAAAUUCCUAAAAAGAUGUAGAAACUGUAAACUUAGUUUUCUGGAGCAUGUGAGUCUUCCCUGGUGAAGACUGCUACAGGAGAGAGAACCAAAAUACGCCAUAUUCUGAGUGAGUAAAAUUGACCAGCUGACUAAAAUAUUUCUUAUCACCGUAUGAAUUCCCAUUGCGCUAAAUAAAGAUGGCAUGCAAAUUCCAGGACCAGUCUUACUGACCUUAUUCAACCUACAUGCAGCUAUCAAAUCCACCCAAACCUACUUUACCCUCUAUCACUAUUCGCUACACGUGCCUGUAGGAAAAAGCAGGUUUUGGAUCAGGGAAACAAAUAUGCCUUCAAAGAUGUCAAAGGCAAUGCUGAAGCUACGCAGGGUCUCAUGAUACUCAGACAAACGCAACAUGAUGAAAAUCACGUAAACAUGUUUGCCGAUAGUGUUCUAGGGUUAAUCCAGUGGUUGUAAUGUAACUAACACCACUGAUGUGUGAAGGGAUUUUGACCCUAUUCCCAUUCAGAGUGAAGUCUUGGAAUAUAUUUGCUGCAGAUUUUCUCAGAAAUGUUCCUGGAAGGAUUGUCCUCAUACACUGAGGUCAUGCAGAGGGGCUUUUUUUUCUGCCUCAAAAAAAAAGAAAAAAGAAAAAUUAAAGCAAGCAGAGUGUUCAUGGUAGUGAUAAGUUACUUAAAACAUAUCAAGACAAAUUGGGUGUAAAAUACCUUGAAACAGCAUUAAUACCGUGUAGUUUAUAUCAGGCUAAAUGUAGUGAUGAAUGUUUACAUUGUUAUCUUUAUGUUUUUACUCUCUACCUUUACCCUCAGAAAGAGCAUGCGUUGUUUAACUUAGAUCCACAAACUGUCAAGGUUAGAAGGGUCACCUAAUGCAGAUCCCUCAUUGAAGGACACUGAAGGCAUCAGUCAACACAAAACCAGAUGAUCUUUGUAGACAGAGGAUGACAAUAAGUUCCUCAUAGUAGGACAGCUUUUUAGGAGGUGGAAACCUGAUAAUCUGCAACAGACUGAUUUAUAAUUCAGACACUUGGAUUCAUUUCAGGCUCAGGUUACAGAUGUUUUUAUCAAAGCUCUACUGAGUGACCUGCAAAUCACACUUCAAGGUGAUUUUACUAUCUUCAUCUGACUCUUGUUUUUCUCCCAUCUCCAGCAAAUUUCCCAGACUCGGUGGUCGAUCAUCUCCCGGCAGAUAUCAGCACAGGGAUCUACUACGGCUGGGCUUGUGUAGGUAAUGGCGAUGUCUACAAAAUGGUUAUGAGCAUUGGCUGGAAUCCUUACUACAAGAAUACCAAGAAAUCCAUGGUAAGAUUAAUACGUUCACUGAAAACUGUAUAAUAAUUUUAGAGGGAAAGAAGCAUUAUAGUGACUUUAGAUAUAAUAAAAUGUAUAAACUUAGUUAAAGUGUUUUUAUUUAAUUGUCUAAUGUUGGCGGAUUCUAUUAAAUAUUAAUGACAGUGUUUUGUUUGUUGGGCCAUCAGAUUAUGGAGUCAGCUGACAGAUUUUAGGAGAUUAUACAGUAUAGUGUAAUGCGCUUAAAGUAACAACAUACAACCCACAUGAGUAGCUUUUGUUUAUAACAUGGUGGAAGAAAGAGACAACAAGAGAGACUACAGUUUAUUUUCCUUCUCAGCGGCUGGAUUUUGGUUGUAAAUAUUGAAGAUUUACAUUUUAAAUUCCCACAUUUAUCAGUUUUACUCUUGUUUUCUAUUCAAAACCAUGAUGAAUGAAUGAAGUCUGCUACGUAACUCCUAUAGCAGAGUGUGGUUUUCACCCUUGUCUCUUUGAUUUGUGGUUUUGUUUUAGGAGACACACGUGAUUCACACAUUCAAAGAGGACUUCUAUGGGGAAGUCCUCAGUGUUGUCAUGGUGGGUUACAUCCGUCCAGAGAGAAGCUUCGACUCACUUGGUAUGACACACUUAACACAAACACCCAAACAUGCGCAAGCUCCGCUCUCCACUCUCAGUUCCUAAAAAUCUUUAUUAUAUUUUUUACUCUUUACUGUAAUUCUCUAUCAAACACUCAGAGCUCUUUUUUUUUGCUUCUCUUUGACACAUGCUGACCAUAUUUUUCAUGCUUCUUUCAGAGGCCCUCAUCACAGCCAUCAACAGUGACAUCGAGGAGGCAAAGGUCAAACUGGCUCUUCCAGAGCACCUCAAACUGAGAGACGAUAACUUCUUCACCAGUGCUCCCAGCUCAUCCUCAGCCCUGCCCCCCACCACGGCAUCCACAUCACAGACUAUUAUGAAUGGUCACUGACAGCUGGCUGUGACAAACGCACACACAGAACAACACCGAGGUUUCUGUACACACACCUGUGUCCAUUAGAAAUGCACAGCCUCAUUCUGAGAUCUCUUUGCUGUUGCCAUGGUUGAUCGUGGACAUAAUCAUAAACAUUCAGUCUUUUUUAUACCAUUUUUAUUUAUUUUUCCUUUUUAAUUUCCUGUGCAGCCACCAGGUUAUAGGUGAUGUUUAUUUAUAUACUCUUACACCAGAGGGCCUCUUUGUCUACUCACUGCUCCUGCUGUAUAUUUGGAGUCUUUAAUGUCUGUAAACAGGGUUCAGAAUAACAGAGGUUUCUGUAAUAAUCUAUAUCUGAAGAACAACACAAAUAGAUCAUGAACUCAUGUUUGAUUUCAACCCAUAUUUUGUCUCUUCUCAGUUGCUGUUUAUUUCUGCAUCAGGUGAUCAGAGAAAGUUUGGGCAUUAUUAUCUGUAACAACAACAUUGUUAGAGGAUUUUAUGCAAUAAUGCAGCUCAAUGCAAGAUAUCUCUGUGGAAACGGGGAGGUUGAAUAAGGUUAAACAGUGUCACAGUCCCCUUAUUCUCCCCUGAAUCUUUUCAGGAAUUUCACUUAGCGUCGUCUUUUGUGAUAGAAGUCCUCUCCUGUUUAUCACUGCCCUAAAAGUGCGUGAGCCUGUUAUAUUAAGAGAAUAGAACAGUUUUAUGGCAUUGUUUUCAAAAAUCUAAGUAGUUUUUGACAGAGAAUAUUCAAAUAUGUGCAGUAUGGUCAGUCAUCUUUGAAAGGUGUAAAAAGACACUCAUCUUUGGUAAGUUUGAAAUCAUUCAAGUAUAUCUGUCCCCUGGAUUUCAGUGGUAACCAACCGCCCACUUAUCAGUUUGUUGGGUUGUGAGAGAUUUGCAUGUACGAGUUAGGUAAGCCAAAAAACACUAAGACUCAGUUGUCAAGCGAGUCCUCAUGCAGGACGGUUCAUUUCUGGUGUAUAUCUUUCACUGCAGCUUGUCUGAUGCUCAGAAUGUUAGUCUGCUUGUCUGUGUGUGUGUGUGUUUGUUACAGAUAGUAAAACAUUGAUAGAUAAGAUAGAUAGGGUCCACACACGCACUGCUUUCACAGUUACAAAGGGCAGAAGUCCCUGAGUGGUAUGAACAUAACAUUACACCCGGAGGAUGUAAUGCAGAAGUAUGACUGGAAAUCUUACAGUAUGGUUAUUAUCUUUAAGUACAUUACAGUUUUUUGUCUCAUCUUUUAACAUGUAACCAAAUGCUUUGAAAACUGUUUCCAAAUCCCUGUAAGUAGCUCUGAGUACCUCCUGACUUACUUUUUUAAGUCUGUGUGUGUGUGUGUGCGCUGCACUUAUUUAAUUUUUACAGAGAAAAUGAUAUAAAAUCACAAAUGUGAAGAGUUCUUUAAACCCUUGUAAAUAAUUGUUUUAAAUGAUGAUAAUAUAGAAGUCUAGCAAUUUUGGAAUUGAAGUCUGGAUUGUGUUUUAGUUCACUGAAAUGUUUAGGGUUGAAGGAUACAGCUGACUGUCUUUAGUCCUUCACAAAGUGGAGCCGAAGUGUCUUUCUGGUAGUUUUCUGUCAGGUUGGUUGGUCUCUUCGUAAGACUGGAGAACCAAUGCAGAAGCAGUACUUCACUAUAAUGAUAAAGUUGCUGCUAUGUAAAGGAUGUUUUCGUGUUGAAUACCACAUAAUCUGUAAUUUUCAUUGUCUAAAGCACUUAAUGUACAGAAGAAAUCUCACUGUAUCUUUCAUUGUUGCUUCUUCAAAUCCAGAACUCCUCUGCCUCACAGCAGUUCUGCUAAAGGGUCAGGUGUUUUUCAUGGCCAUUGUUUUAAAAUUGUAGUUUACACAGGGACCAGGGUUACUGCAUGUAGUUAAAAAAUCAACUCAUCCUUUCUGUUCUCAUUCUUCUGUUAUGCAUAAUUAUAACAAAUAAAUAGUUUUAUCAGAACACAG